AUGUUAUUCAAACAAUGGAACGAAAUUGCUGAGCCUAGGCACCAUUUGGAUUCACCAUUGGCGGUUGGUAUUGAUGAUGAAUCCCUACAAAAAGGUUCUCUACCGCUAGUGGAACUACCAAACAUCAAUUGGAACAAGUUUCACAAGAUCUUCUUGACAACUGGUAUCAUGGAUCCACUUUUCCCUAAGGAGUUACUGGGUGUAAUGAAACUGGGAGACAUAAGAACAACCUUGACCAUAGAUCGAAAUCAACAGCAUGAAAAUGGAGAAUACUCUUGGAAUUUUGAAGAGAAUUUCCCCAAUGAAGUUAAUUUAAAUGGUGGGCAAGAUAAUGAUGAUGGCCAAUCGUUAACAUUUGUAACGACAGUAGAGGCAUUUGGAGAUUGUCUGCUGGUGGGCGUUAAGGAAAAUUUCCUCAAAGUUUCCCCCAUUAUUUACAAUCGAAUUGCACAAGUUUUACUCUCUGUUUUCGAUGGUACGCACCACGAGUUAAAGGUUUUAGGUACAUCUGAUAGAAUUACAGAAUUGAAAUCCAUUUCACACCUACGCUCCGAUUUGCAACCUCCAGAAUUUGUUACUGGUUUCAUUGGCAGCAUAUUGACGCAAUUAACUGUCAAGAACAUUCCAUUCGAAGGUUUUAUCGCACCAAGUGAAGGUGCUAUUGGCUUUGAAAAGAUGUCAAUGAAUACAAUGCCCGAAUUGAUCGAUAUCUGCGGCCAAUGGAUUAAUGGUAAUUCUGAAAAAUAUAGAUCUGAAUGUUAUAGGCAUUGGAGACUCGAUAGUGGAGCUGUAGGCUCGCUAUCUGGGUUAUACGUAUAA